AUGACUGUUGGUUGUCUGGCGGCUGCCAUCGGGAUUCCAGGCAAUAUAGCCAUCAUCAUCGUCUUUACUUGUCAGGGUAUUAAAAAUGCUACAGACAUCACCUUCAUCGCCCUUGCCGUUGUCGAUCUCAUCGCCAGUAUCAUCAACGGGAUGAAGAUCGUCAUGGUCUUCUUUCACGAUGAGCGCCCAUGGGCAUGCUACAUUGAAGUCAUUGCAGCGAGGUCGGGACUCUACUCCGGACUGUUUCUCACGAUCUGGAUUGCUGUUUACCGCUACCAAGCUGUCUGUAAGCCAUUUGAUCGACGAAUCGGACGACGAGCUGCCAUCUUGGUUUCUAUCGGUUGCGCAAUUACCGCCUUCGGUCUCCACGUCCCGUUCUUCUUCAUCACGACCUCGAUAAAACUCGGAAGAGAGUAUGGAUGCAAUGUCUAUGGCGAUAUAUCCUGGGGACGUGACGUAUACGCCAAAACCCAAGCGAUUGUAUUUUGCGUUUCUGCCUUGGGUAUUUCAGUUUUGUACAUACAGAUUUACAAGUUUAUUCGCGCAAGCCAGGUUAUCCGUCAACAAAUGACCACUGGAUCUGCCUUUGUAAAAACCAUAUCGAAUGAUGUAGAAUCUUUGGCAUCCAACAAGCAAAGAGCCCUUAACGAAUCUGCGUCAUAUAUUGAAGAUUCGUGUGCAACAAGAGCUAUCCACCAGGCAAGUGUGUCAAUACCACUUAGUACCAUCUCAAAUUCGACACGGCCCUCUGUCACCAGCAAGAUGAAAACCCAAGAUUCUUUGCCAGACGUCGAAUCAGGUAAAACAAGAAGAGCUACACACCAACCCGCCGAUGAUAAGACAAAACCAUCAUCAAAGAAGCUUAAGAAUAACCAGUCCGACCAUAAGACUACUCAAGUUGUCAUCAUCAUCACCGUCAUAUUUUUCCUCCUCUGGCUCCCUAAUAUAGUCAUCGAUCAGAUUCCUAUUGGUCAGCUCACCAGGAUCCUUCUAGAAACACACAAGGGAUCGUUCAUCAUCUAUUUCUUCUACCAAAUCAAGUAUAUCAGCCAUAUCACCAAUGUGUUUGUGUAUGUAUUCACAUAUCGGCGAUUUAGACAAACAUGCUGUCAUCCAUUCAAUUGA